GCAGCACACAGCUGGAGUGUAUGUACCAUGCACCUGAUGAUCCUAGCUUGUCUCUUCCUUGUAGCAGUGAUCGCUGUACUACGCAAGCUCAGGAAUCGCCCUCGUGCGGUGUACCUCAUCGACUAUGCUUGCCUUCUGCCUACUCCCAAAUGGCGUUUCCCCAUCUCCACCUUCAUCGAGCAUACCAAAACAAUGCCCUUCUUCGACGACCGCAGCGUCAACUUCAUGGCGUGCACGUUCGACCGCAGCGGCAUCGGCGACGAGACCAGCCUGCCCCCCGCGUACCACUUCAUACCCCCGUCCAACAGCUUCGGCACGUCCCACGCCGAGGCACAGCUGGUCAUCUUCUCGGCCGUCGACGACCUGUUUGCGAAGACCGGCUUGGCCCCGGACACCGUGGCCGUGCUCGUCGUCAACUGCAGCGCCUUCACCCCGGUGCCAUCCCUGAGCGACAUGAUCGUGAACAGAUACAAGCUCCGAAGCGACGUCCGGAGCGUAAACCUGUCGGGGAUGGGGUGCAGCGCGGGCGUCAUCUCCGUCGGGCUCGCCGCCGGGUUACUUCAGUCUUUGCCCGAUGGUGCCUAUGCUCUCGUGGUUUCCACGGAGACCAUCACGCCCCACUUCUACCCGGGCAAGGAGGCCGCCAUGCAGCUCUCCAAUGUCCUGUUCAGGGUCGGAGGCGCUGCGGCGCUGCUGUCUACGUCCAAGAACAAGGCCCGGUACCGGCUCGCGCACCUUGUCCGGACGAUCACUUGCGGCACCCGCGACGGCUCCUACUCCUGCGUCUUCCAGGAGGAGGACGGCGAUGGCACCUUGGGGGUCAAUCUAUCAAAGGACCUCCUGGCCGUCGCCGGCGACGCGCUCAAGGACAACAUCACCGCCAUCGGGCCCCGUGUCCUGCCGCUUUCCGAGCAGAUCCUUUUCGUGCUGUCCCUCAUCAAAGGCUUCAGGCCGUAUGUGCCGGACUUCAAAAAGGCGUUCGAUCACUUCUGCAUCCACUCCGGGGGACGUGCGGUGAUCGACAAGGUCCAGAGUAGCCUGGCGCUGACCGACGAGCAUGUGGAGCCGUCGCGGAUGGCGCUACACAGGUUCGGGAACACGUCCAGUAGCUCGGUGUGGUACGAGAUGGCGUACAUUGAGGCCAAGGACCGGAUGCGGAAGGGAGACCGGGUUUGGAUGAUUGGGUUCGGCUCCGGGUUCAAGUGCAACAGCGCAGCCUGGGAGUGCAUCAGCCCAGCGCGCCGGCCGGACAACGCCUGGGCCGGGUGCAUACAUCGAUACCCGGUGUCACAACGCAAGUAAAAUGCCAUGUGCGCGCAGUACCCUAUAGAACGUCUAAUAAUAUGAAGUAUAUAUAUAUCAGCUGGUUUCACUCGUACAGAAAACAGUGUACACACAGCAUAUUUUCAUAUAAAUCACUAGACAUGGCAGCGCGCGCGGCACAUGCAUGUGCUUGGUGUAUCUGUUA